CUCGGCCUCCGCUUCCCGGCGCGGCCUGCGGGGGCGCUGGCGAGCCUGGUCCGUCUCCGGCGGCGGCGGCGGCGGAAGGGAGCGCGAGGAGGCCGGAGAGGAGGCCCAGGCCGGGAGGCGGAGGCGGCGGCGGAGACCGGGAGCAGGAGGACGACCAGGCCCGCCACCCGGAGCGGAGGCCGAGGCGGCGCGGAUGAUGGCGGCGGCGGCGUUGGCGGAGUCCCGGGGCCGGCGGCCUGGCGCGGCGGCUUCCCGUCCGGGGCCGCGGCUCGCCUCCUCCUUGUCCCGGUGAGGGAGACGGGCCUGCGCCUCCUGCGGGCCGGGCGGCCGCCUUCACACGUGCCUGUCGCGUGUCGGGCCGGGGAGGGCGGGAGGCGGGUCCCCCCUCAGGAAGCGCCCCGUCGGACCCCUUUCCGCGCCCACCCCCGGGCGCCCCUCUCGGCGGGCCGGUCCCCGCGAAGGGGCGGCUCUCUCCGGAGGGACCCCCGGGGUCAUCCAGCCCACCCCCGGCCAGCCUGAGACCCCGAGGCUCCUGGCUUUUCCCAGGGCCCCUCAGCCCCCAGAGCCGGAGGAGUGGAGUGCUGGGCUUCCUGGCCCCCAAAGACUCACAGCAGGGCUUUCUGGCAUACAAUAGGAUAUAAAAUGCCUCUCCUGUGCUAGCUCUUACCUGCAAAGGAUUGCCCUUUCCCCUCUUCAGAGCCCUCCACCAUACUUCGCACAAAUCAUAUUUUCGGGAGGUUUCUUAAAAGCCCCCUCUGCAUUGUUUUGCAUCCUGGUGUGCUGUCAAAAAAGCUACACUCGUCUUGAUUUCUCCCCUUUGGGCCUUUCCAGGAUCAGGACCAGAAAGGGAACUUGGUCAUCUUAUCUUUGCGGUGCAUGAAUUGACAGGAAGUUCUUAGGGGUUCGGGGGGCCAUUGCCCGUCUGAGGGUGGGGAAAGGCGCGUGUGCCGCGUUCAGGUCCUCUGCGUGGCUCAUUCGGGGCCCUUGGCUCUCUUAAUUUGAGGGAGAAGAUGCUCAGCUUCUUCCCUCUUUGCCCGACAAAGUCUUGCCUUCUUUUCCUCGGAGGAGCGGGCUGCAGGGCCUUGGGAAGGGUGAGCCUGCCAGCGUUGCGCUGCUUUCUAACCGUCCUUCUCCAACCUUGCAGCCGGCCGUGUGUCUUCCCCCUGGGGCAGGGGCUGCUGGGCCGCUGAGGCGUGGGCCGCCGUUCUGCUGCUGCUGCUGCUGCUUUGCCCGCGGAUGCCGUCGAGAUGAGUGUGCAGGGCCAAGGUUUCCCUCUGGACCUUGGGGGGAGUUUCACCGAGGAUGCUCCGAGGCCCCCGGUGCCAGGAGAGGAAGGGGAACUCGUUUCCACAGACCUGCGGCUAAGCGGCCACGGGUUCUACUCCGGGAAGUGCGAUGCCAUCAAAACCGAGACUUCCACGGCCACUCCGAGGCGCCCCGACCUGGACCUGGGGUAUGAGCCAGAGGGGAGCGCUUCUCCCACCCCUCCCUACCUGAGAUGGGCAGAGUCUCUGCACUCUCUGCUGGACGACCAAGAUGGGAUAAACCUCUUCCGGACCUUCCUGAAGCAGGAGGACUGCGCGGACUUGCUGGACUUCUGGUUUGCCUGCAGCGGCUUCCGGAAGCUGGAGCCGUGUGACUCCAACGAGGAGAAGAGGCUCAAGCUGGCCAAGGCCAUUUACAAAAAGUACAUUCUGGACAAUAACGGGAUUGUGUCGCGGCAGAUCAAGCCGGCCACGAAGAGCUUUAUAAAAGAUUGCGUGAUGAAGCAGCUGAUUGAUCCGGCCAUGUUUGACCAGGCCCAGACGGAGAUCCAGUCCAUGAUCGAGGAGAACACGUACCCCCUCUUCCUUAAGUCGGAUAUUUAUUUGGAGUAUACAAGGACGGGUGGGGAGAGUCCGAAGGUGUACAGUGACCAGAGCUCAGGGUCGGGGACAGGGAAGUGUCUCCCCGGCUAUUUGCCUACCCUUAACGAGGACGAGGAAUGGAAGUGCGACAAAGAGGUGGAGGAGGAGAUGGCCGGCCGGGAGUCUGCUCCCUCCAGCAGGCUCACCCAGAAGCUCCUCCUGGAGACGGCCACGCAGCGAGCCACAUCGUCCAGGAGAUACAGCGAGGGGAGAGAGUACAGGUGAGACCUGCAGGUUGUCUCCGCGUGAGCGACGCUCGCUUGCCCCACCUCGUGGGGCAGAAGUCUGCUUCCACCGGGUAGCAGGGCAGGAUGUGGAGGCGCCCCCUGGCGGCUGGGGAAGAGCUGAAAGGGGUUACAGGCCCAGCACUUCCAACUUUCACGGCAGAGAUUUGAGCGAAGCUCAUCCCCUGCCGUCUGCAAUGCUUGGCUGCGGCCCCUGCCUGAAGCUCCUGGCAGUUUUGCUGUCCUGCCUAACUGCUCUCGCAACAAUUUUGGUGAAGUUAUUGAUAGAUGCAUUGCUGGGAAUUUCUCCAGAAUUGGCCUCUGAGUCUCACACCGUCUAUUCCACCCCACCCCAACAACUUUGUUAUAACCUAGAAUAAGCUCUAAACUUAUUAGAAGAACAUAGCACAUAAACUAGUAAGAUUUUUAAAAAAAGAUCCACUCAAUCCAGAAAUCCCACGAUCUACUUCCAGGCUCAAAUUGCAUUUUAUUUUAUGAUUGUCUCUCUUUGCCCCCCACCCAACUCCAACCCCAGCAUCAACAGCUUCUAGAAACAGCAGGGGAACUCCAGGAAGUGCUUUUGCAGGUCCCCCCUCCCUCUUGCUAGGCUCUGGAGAUAAGCUCUUCCACCCCCUUUGCCUAUUGCAUUUACUGUCUUAGCAGUCUGGAGGGCAACAGCUGGAUCUCAUCGUCCCCCAAGCAAAUUCCGCCCCUUGUUGCAGAUGCUGGGAGCCUUCCGUUUUGAGUACUGUUUUCAUCUGGGUUUUGAGACAGGAAUGUUGCAUGCGAAACCGCAAGAGAAGGAGGCGCUCCUCUGAUCUCUUGCUAGUUUACUCAGGAGGCUGGAAACGAUUCCAGCUACUGGGCCUUCCUUGUGGAGUUUGAACCUCCAAGUCCGGGGUAGGCAACCUAAGGUCCGGGGGCUGGAUGCGGCCCAAUCACCUUCUUAAUCCAGCCCGUGGACGGUCUGGGAAUCGGCGUGUUUUUACACGAGUACAAUGUGUGUUUUUAUUUUAAAUGCAUCUCUGGGUUAUUUGUGGGGCAUAGGAAUUCGUUCUCCCCCCCCAAAAAAUAUAGUCUGGCCCACCACAUAGUCUGAGGGACGGUGGACCGGCCCAUGGCUGAAAAGGUUGCUGACCCCUGCUCCAAGUGCUUCUGGGAGAACAUUUUCCUGGGGGCAAAGUUUUGGAACUCUUAAAAGACCCUUUCAGAGAGAGAGAGAGAGAGGUUUAUGACUUGUUCCUCUGUAUCACUAUGGCAUUCCGCCUCCUGAACUCCAGAUGACCAUCCCUGGCCUUGGAGGUCUUCCGGAUACAAAAGGUCCAAGAACUUUCCCCUCCUACAUAAGGGAUGGGGAACUUUGUAGGCCAGCAAGUAGCCAGCCCUAGCUUAAGCAAGGCCACCAUUUGACACUACAGAGGUCAGACCCAGAGACUUACGCUGUGGCUCUCGUGGGCAGGUGAGUUGCAGGAAGUCUGCACAGUUGUAUUUAAGGGGUGGUGCUAACAUCCAGGCGAGCAGCUGCAGUUCAGGCUGUGUUAGAAAGCAAAUCACCAAAUGGCACCUUAAACCUCAGUUACGGUCGCCAGAACGGAAUGCUUAGGCGCCAUUCCCUGCCCCCGCCCCCCCGGCCAUCGGGGAUGAUGAUUUAUACUGCUUUAUAUUUUAAAGAAAAAAUCUUAACAUCAAAUUAAACAAUCCAGAAUAAAACAAAUUCAAGCUUCAGUGAAAACAUUUCAGAUCCUUCUCUAUGUGACAUUUUGCUUUCCCCAUAUUUUUUUGCCUACUUAAUCUAUAUAGCUGCCCGUAGCAGAAGGGGCGUAGUGCUUAGAGUGUCGGACCAGGGCCUGCCAGAUCAGGGUUCAACUCCCCACUCAGUCAUGCAGCUCACUCUGUGACCUUGAAGUCAGUCGCAGCCUUUUAGGGUCAUUGUAGGGAUCAAACUGAAAAGGGGUGUGUGAACCAUGGACUCCUUGGAGAAAAAGAUGGGAUAGAAAGGCAAUAAAUAAACUCUUCUGCUUCUCUGCUUAAGAAAGCUGGAGGGGCUAGCCAGAUGGUGUUGCCAGCUUGGCACCCAGAGAUCUCCACGUGGGCACGAUUGGAACCGCACCAGUUGCAAAACGCGCUUGGCACCUGGGGAAUUUCGCACACUGGUUGUCGGGGAUGGGGAGUUGGAAGAUGGUAGCUUUGAAGCAACUUUGGCUGAGUUUGGUAACCGUUCAUUGUUUCUCUAGACGGCAAGGCCUACAGAGAUUUCUUCUUGUUCUGCAAUGACAGAGUGUGUGUGUUCCUUGUUUAUGACUUGCGAAGGUGUGCGGGGGGGGGCAGGGAAUUGUGUGGGUCCACCUGUGAUGCUGAAACAGCAUCGCGACACAAAGCACAGCCUGGAGCCAUUUGGAAGGACGGAUUCUCUGCCUCCCUUGCUGGUCCCUAUGAAUGGGGUCCCAGAAUGAAAUGUGUGGGGUAGUAGUCUGCUAAGUUUUACUCAGAGUAAUCCCUUUGAAAUGAAUGAACACCAUACAGGUCCAUUAAUUUCAACCGGUCUGCACUUGAGUAAAACUUAAUUGACCAUCACCCAUGAUUACCUCUGGCAACGUGGUUCCCGGAUUCCCUGUUUUAAGGUCACCAGUGUGUUUGGAGAUGGGAAGCAGUCCCAGGAACAGGGUCCUCUGGAUGAAUUGUGGACGGGGGGGUGGGGCGCUGUCAGUACCACCUUCAUGAUAAACAUUCCAGGUGGCUGUUCCUUAAAAGCCCCUUUUGCACCCAGCCCUUGAAUUGCAUGUGAGGCAGUGAAGCCCUUGCCUGCCAUGACAGAGCAAUGCUGGUCUCUGAAACGACUGACGGUCUGAAGGAUUUUCCAGGGGGAGGGAGGCAAGGUGGCGGAGGGAAGCUUUGGGACCUGAUGGGGCACCUGCUGAUGCUGAGAUGGGACACUUUUAGCAAAUCAGGUGGGGAUGCUUUGCCUAAACACCCUGUUUUUGUUCAUGGCUGCAGGUGGUGGUUUGUUUUCUUUGCAAAGUACACCUGUGGUCCUUGUUUCUUAGGGGCUGCUUUCAGACUCUUAAGGAAACCCUAUUUCAGGGUCUGUGUGAAGAGAAACCUUCUCCUUCUGCUCCUCCUCCCCAGUUUCCAGAGCUAGCAAGAGAGGGCAAUCAGAACCACCCAGAGUGGCUGGGGAAACCCAGCCAGGUGGGCAGGGUAUAAAUAAUAAAAUUAUUAUUAUUAUUGUUAUUAAGCAGAGCCCACAGCCACCUGGUUUUCUUACUUCACUGGUUUAAAAGUUGCUGCUGCCCUGCGUAAGGGAUCAAUGGGAUCGUCGUCUUUGGGCCCCGAUACUGGCAGUGGAAGUGACAAGCUUCAAGGCCGUUUUAACCCCAGCUCCCCCAAAAUCACAGUCUCAUUGGGUGUUUGUUUCGUGUUUGAAGUUGAUGCACCUGAAUCAGUUUGGAGUUCAGCUUCAGAUUGCACCUUGGUGUGUUUGCAAGAGAGAAGAACUCUUUCAGCUUCAGGAAAGUGUUUGUCAUGGCACAUAAUGUGAAAAAGCACGUUCUCCUCCUCACACAAUUCCAUGUGGGAGUUCCCGACCCAGGAAGGGUCUUGGCAGUUUUGCCUGCACACUUGGGCAGCUGUUUUUCUCUCCCUUGGAGUCACCCAAAUGAGCCCUCCUUGCUAUACAUUUGCACAAUCUUAUCGAAGGCAGGUAGACUUUUUGACUGGAUCAAAACACAAUUUGCCACACGUCCUCUGUGUUACAGGAUCCAUUUAAAAAUCUUGACUGCCUCUUGGAACAAGAAGUCCCAUUUCUGCAUGAAUAUCUUGCCGAUUUUGCUGUUUUAUUUUUAACCAUUUCUACCAUGAUGUCCUGCCUGCCUUUCCACAGUCGUGGGACGCAAGGCGGCACCUGUGUGUUCUUUCCAGGAGACUCUCCCCGCCCUCCCCCAGACCUGCCCGCCUGCAGCAGGGUAGCUGUGCCAGGUGCCUCCAGACCAUAAAGCUCAAGUUGGAAAUGUCCUUUGUGGGUGCAAUAGACACCUGCGGCACUUCCUACAAAUAAAGGGAGCUCCAAGCACGCAGGCUUUUGCUAGCUGGGGGAAUUUAUUUCUGCAGAGGGGCCUGCCUCCAUCCCCUUUUUGACAGCUAAUUGGAUUGGUGUGUGUGAUCCGAACGCACGUCCCGCCUUGCAGGCAUCACGGCAUCACCUGUCGCUGCUGCUCCUCAAUUGUGCACCAAAUGUUUGGGGUAAAAAUAGACCGCAGAAUGGAAGGGUUAGGAAUGGAUGCGACUCUGUAAAAACGCUUUUCGGGGGACAUUUUGCCCCUCUUGCACCGCAUCCGAAGUAGCACAGGUGUUUAAGAAAACAACCCCAGAAGCUUUGCAGAUGGGAUUUGGGUGAAAUGGAAAAAGUGGCUCCGAAUCUGGCGGCCUGGGAGGGGGCGGGGGAGGCUCUUGUUGUUUAAAUUGUUGAGAUUCCUUCUGAGCUCUGCAAAGAGAGACGUCUCAGCCACCAGAGCUGAAUGCCCCCAACUUGCUCACGCUCAAGGCUGGCCUGUGCCACUAGGUGAAGCGAGGCUGGUAGGCUGCUGGAUGCAGACUGGGCCCCUGAGCCCACCUCGUCCGUGGCCUGCCCUGUGGAUGGGCAUCCUCGGACGACUCCUCUGUGCGUUUAAUACGGAAACCUGCAGCUUGGGGACAUGGGUCUGUUUCCGUUGGGUCGGGGCCUGUCUCCUUCCUUUGGUCUUCUGCCCAGGAGGGAACAUGGCCACGGCCUGACCCUUCCACUCCCCCUUGGGUCUGUCCACCUCUCAGACUCUUGCCCAGAUCCUGUGUCACACAGCCAGAACUGCCUGCCAGAGGAGGCCUCUGCCUCUCUGCUCAGCCUCAGCCUCCUCUGCAUGCCUUGUUUCCUUCCAGCCCCCUGCCCCCUCUGGCCAGUCCUCCUGCUCCUCCCAGGCCCAGGCCUCCUCCCCUUCCCCUCACCUGAGGCUCCUCUUCCUGGCAUCUCAGCAGCUUAGCUUGCUCCAUUGUUCCCUUCCAUCACCAGUGCUGAGCAUUUCUACCUAUCCCUCAGGUCAGGCCUCCUGCUAGCAUGUUCUGGUGGAGUGUGUGCCCCCCCAAUCCUGCUGCCCCUCUUGCUUUGGCCACUGCGGGCUGCUCUUGGCCCAGGUGGGUGUCCUGAGCCACGUGAAGGUGGCAAGGGCUGGUGUGGCCCUUUGCUUUUGCCCAUGCUGAGACCUGGGUCCUGCUCCUUGGAGGGGAAGCUGGCCCCGGAGGCUGCCUGCACCCCGCGGGAACAUUGGCUGGCGUUCCCGAAACAGGAGGCCUGCUUUCUGCCCCGACUUCCCUAGCCGAAGUCGCUCUUGUAAACAGGGCAGGAAGGGAUCUGGAGCAGUUUGCCCCCGUCUGUGUGCGGACGGUGGCGUUUCUUUCAUUCCUUCCUUCUGCUCAUAGUAAUGCAUUCCAGAUGAAAAGCUCCCUGGAAUUUCUGUUAAUAAAGGGAAACGUUCAUGGCUGCCUGCCCUGAGCUGGGCCUGCUGGAUGCAGAGAGAGCCUGGGCCUUUCUGGGAAGGGCCACCUGGAGAAGCUCAGGGGCCGCUUCUUGCACAGCCAGCAAGGCAGGGACGCUGGUGCCUUUGGGGAGAGCUCCGCUGCCUUGGGUCGGAGGAAGCCUUGUGCUGCCACCUCCGAGGGCCCUAAACGUGGAGCAGCCUGAUCUCCAGAUCCACACCCCAGGGGGGCAGUAUGAGGGUGGGUGAAGGGCGCAGGUGCUUCUUCCAGAAUCCCUUUCAGUUUGCCCCACACCUCGUCAUGUUGUUGUUGUUGUUUGUUGUGUAUUAGAUUUAUAUUCACCUCUUUCUUACAAGAUCUCAGGGGGUGAGUCACAGGGUAAAAAUGCAAAGUAAAAGCACAAGUAAAUAGUUAAAGCAAAACAAGGAAAACAUAAUAACACCCCUCCAAGCAUAUUUAAAAAUCUGUAGAAUAUCAAUCAGACUUAUGUGGUGUUUUAAACUGUGCUGUCCCUGAUCAUGGCUGGCUGGGUCUCCCUUUGGGCAUUCCACGUCCACGGGGAAGCAUUUUUUAACUCCAGCCUCAAGUGAAAAACCCCAGGUCUCCUUCCCACUUUCAUUUAUAGCAGGGAUGCAGGUGGCGCUGUGGUCUAAACCACUGAGCCUCUUGGGCUUGCCGAUCGGAAGGUCGGUGGUUCAAAUCUCCCCAUCGGGGUGAGCUCCCAUUGCUCUGUCCCAGCUCCUGCCAACCUAGCAGUUCGAAAGCACACCAGCGCAAGUAGAUAAAUAGGUACCUCUGUGGCGAGAAGGCAAACAGUGUUUCCGUGCGCUCUGGCUUACAUCACAGUGUCCUGUUGUGCCAGAAGCGGUUUAUUCCUGGUGGCCACAUGACCUGGAAAGCCGUCUGUGGACAAACGCCGGCUCCCUUGGCCUGAAAGAGAGAGGAGCUCCGCAACCGCAUAGUCGCCUUUGACUGGACUUAACCAUCCAGGGGUCCUUUACCUGCAAGAGCCCCCAGUCCUGGGGGUGGGUGAUAUGGGAUCCUUGCUCCUUUGCUCUCUUUGGAAGACUUCUGCCUGGGAAGCCUUUGGGCAGAUGGAAGACCCUCUCCAGAGGUGCACGUGAAGCAGCCUUGGGUCCUCUCUGGUUGGCUGCCAUCUUCUCUGGUUGACCAUGGCUUUCCAAGGGUUUCCCCCAGUGCUUUCCCCCACAGCUGUCAGGGAAUGAAUCGGGGCCUUCUGCCAGCAAGCCUGAGCUCAGCCCCUGAGCCCAGCCCCUUCCGUGCCUUGGCUGCCUUCUUGGGGAGCCCAGUUUUGGCUUCCUUGGUCCUUGACCCAGUGCAACGUGGUUGUGCCUUGUGGGGCUGGUGUUCUCCCUCUGCUGGCCGCUCAGUGCCAUCUAGUUUGGGAAAUGGUGGAGGUCUGUGCUGGGGGGCUUUUGUACGUGUGACCAGACGCCUUUGGCACUUCCUAGUUGUGGGGCUGCUUCUCUGCAGGAGCUUCCAAGUUGCUUCUGCCCCCUUUGCAGUCCCCAUUGGUGGGACCCAGAAGGUGCCAAAAGCAAAUUGUACCCCUCCCCCCAAUACAGACUAUAUUGGGACUUUUACAAACAGUUACCAAGCAUGAAGUCUUGCUUUCCAGAACAAAAUACAUGUACAUGCAUUAGUGUCUUGUAUACAGUUGUAUGGGCAACAAAACCGACUUGGAAAAUCUUUUACAUUAAAGAUUAAGCUGCCAUCCUCAGGGUACACGUCAGUCUAAAGCCUUAAGAUGAUUUCUCCAUAGUGGCUGCUGUGACUGAGAUGGAAGGGAGAUGGCUGCGCUGUUGUUCAUCAAGGAUAUAAACUGAGAGCGUGCAGAGUCAAGCCCACUUUUCUUUGUUAUUCCUCUUAUCACCCUCUGGUGGUGAGUUAAGCGUCCUCUAAGUGCCGUAUUCCACGCACGUUGGCUCCAUGUUUCUGUGGUGGCUCAGAUAUGUAAGCCAAAUGGCACCUUAAACCUCGGUUAUUAUGGUUGCCACAACCGAAUGUCAGAGGCUCCAUUUCCCCCCAGUGGGGAUUAUUCUUCAUCGCCAUCGUUCAUGUCUCUACCGCUUUAUAUUUUAAAGAAAAAAGAUCUCAAAGUGGUUUGCAACACAUUAAAACCUCAAAAACAACCAUCCAGAAUAAAUCAACUUCAGGCUUCCAGGAAAAUAUUUCCCAUCCAUCUCUAAGGGACAUAUUGCUUUCCCGCUAUUUAUUUACCGACUUAAUAUAUGGAGCUGCCCCAUAGCAGAAAUACUUUAGGAAGGCAGUGGGGUGGGGUGGAGUGGUGAGAAUGACAGACGAAGACCUGGGAGAUCAGGGUUCGAAUCCGCACUCUGUCGUGAAGCUCACUGGGUCAGUCACAGCCUCCUAGCCGACCUCACAGGGUCGUUGUAGGGAUCAACUGAGGAGGGGCGUGAACCAUGGACUCCUUGGAGAAAAAGGUGGGAGACACAUGGAACAAAGAAACUCUUCUGCUGACCUGCUUAAGAAAGCUGGAGGGGCCAGCCAGGUGGGCAUGUAUGUGUGGUUGCAGUUGGGACCCGUGGCACUUGAUGCCUGGGGAAAUGCACUUGAUGCCUGGGGAAUUUCGAAGGCUGGAUGGGAUGGGUCCUCGAGGGACCGGAGUCUGGAGGGUGACCGGGACCCCCUUCUCUCUGCUCCUUUGCAGGCAUGGGCCUUGGAGAGAGCCAGUCAACCCUUACUACGUCAACACGGGCUACGCCUUGGCACCCGCCACCAGCGCCAACGACAGCGAGCAGCACAGCAUGUCCAGUGACGCCGACACCAUGUCGCUGACAGACAGCAGCGUGUGAGUACCUGCCCCGAGAGAGACACCUGGGACUGGGCUGCCAGGACAAGGGGGCGGAGCACGGAGCAGAGGGGGCGUGGCCUGCACAGGGGUCCUCUCCAGGCGCUGCUGGACUCCAAAUCCCAGCAGCCCCAGCAGCCAGCUUGGCCCCAUGGGAGCCAAGGAAGGGGGGAGUCGAAGGCCAGCAACAUCUGGAGGGAGCCAGGGGGAGCCUGCUUAUUGGUGCCUUGAUUCGGUUUACUGUAUUUCUACACUGCCUUCCAUUCCAGCAAAUCCCAAAGUGGCUUACAAACAAUAAACAGCAACAGCAGAACAGAGCACCGCAAGAACAGCCUGGAAUAUAAUACGAUUACAUAUAAUACAUGUAAUAAUUAACAAAUAGGCAGUAAAACCUUUUCAGUUAACAAACCAGCAACUAAAAAAUAAGCUAAGCAUCACAGUUACAGCAUAAGUCGUGUUAAAUGAUCAGUAAAGCAGUUAUAAUCUGUAAAACAAUAUUAGCAAAAUGGCAGCUUGCCUCGCCCUUCCCACUGCUGCAGGCAGGUAGGCCUGUCUCCCAGCAAGUGGCUGACGGGAGUCUUGUCCUCAUAGCCUGCCUCCCAUUGCCUGCUCCGGCUUCUUCUGCAGACCCCCUGGGCUUUCCCAGCUGCGGGGCUAAUAGCUCCACACACACACACACACACACACACACCCGGCUUCUGGGAGAAGCUUCACGUUGCACUGUGGGCGAGGGCUCUCCAUGCCAGGCCUCCUUUGGAGUGGUGGCCGGGUGUGACUUUCCCUGGCCCUGGAGGACUUGUGCGUUUGGAAAGCGUGCACCUGCUUGCGGUCAGAGCCAUUUGCGUUGCGCUGAGGGCAGAGACACGGUCGCCACCCUUGCAGCAUCACAAAGGUCUCUGCAGGCCUCAACCUUCUCUUCCUGCAGAAAUUCGUUUUUGAAACUCCGGAUUUAUUUAACCUGAGUAAAUCCAUGCAAGCUGUAACGAGAGCCAGCAGCAGCCCAGGGAAGGGUCUAAUGAAGAACAAAUGUUGGGUUUACAAGGGUUUUUUUCUGUGCCGAAGGUCAGGAAACUGCCGUUGGAGCUGCAGUGGGGGAUGAAGCCCCUUCCCCAUUGCAGAGCUGCUGGUCGAAGGCGGGUUGUGGUGCUCUCUUAAGAAUGAUCCUCACAGGCUGCCUAUUUCUAAAAAUAACACCUAAUAAAUCCUGAAUAUUUGCAACAAUUACAGCUCCACGCCUGAGGCACCCUACUCCUGGCAUGCCUGACACAGAGGACACAUUUGCCGGCCUCUUCUUAUAAAUAAGGGGGCGGAAUAUUUAGCCAUCUACAGGUUGUCCUGGGCAGGUGGGCACCUGCGAUAUAAGUGAGGGGGGGGAGAAGUCUGAGCCGUUGACCGCAGAGGCCGCUGUGGGCAUGCAAUGGUGGCAGCCAGCCUGCGUCAGAGGAGGAUGCUGGCAGGACUUUAACGGGGGGUGGCGGCAAGAUCCCUUCUUGUGAGAUGCCUUGCAAUGUGGCCCUCACACCCUUCCCUGUGGACCUUGCUAUCCUGCUUCAAGGUGUGGGCCUGGCAUCCAGGAAGGGCUUCCGGAAUCAGCCUCUGCGGGGAAAGGCGGCAGCACCACUGGCGUCAGGCAUAAGCAGGGCUUUUUUCCUAGAAAAAUAAGUGCCAGUACUCGCCAUGAAGCCGUUACAGUAUGUGCCACACUUUUUGACGACAACAAAAAGAGGUGAGGGUGUUGCGUGGCCUUGAGUACCCCCUGAAGAAUCCUGGUGGUCUCAGGAACUCUCUUUCCAGGAGGUCUUGCUCCCAUUAAUAAUAAUGAUAAUAAAUUUUAUUUAUACCCCGCCCUCCCCAACCAGAGCCGAGCUCAGGGCGGCUGACACCAGUAAAAUUACAAUCAAAACAUAAUAGGAAAAAAACCUAAUUUAAAAUGCAGCCUCAUUUUUAAAAGUAGCCCAUAGAGCAAAACCAUAAGGGGAGGGAAACAUAAGGGUCAGACUGAGUCCAAACCAAAGGCUAGGCAAAACAGCUCUGUCUUGCAGGCCCUGCGGAAAGAUGUCAAGUCCCGCAGGGCCCUGGUCUCUUGUGACAGAGCGUUCCACCAAGUUGGGGCCAGUACUGAAAAGGCCCUGGCCCUAGCUGAGACCAAUCUAACCACCUUGCGACUUGGGACCCCCAAAGUGUUGUCAUUUGUGGUCCUUAAGGUCCUCCGCGGGGCAUAUCAGAAGAGGCGGUCCCGUAGGUGCGUGGAUCCUAGGCCGCAUAGGGCUUUAAAGGUCAAAAAGGUGCCAUUUAAAGGGUGCCAUUGAAGGAGUUCCCUUCGCUCUCUAAGGCUCCUUCCCCAGUGGCCCAAGCCUUUGUCUUCUUGCCUCUUGCGGCUCCGCUGUCGUAAUUUCUCUGCAUAUUCUGGGAGACCAGUGGGGAGGGCAGCUGCUCACAGCAGGAGGGGAGUCUCCCUGUCUUCUUCCACAGCCUGCCUACACUCCGCCUCCGAGUCUGCACUGCUCUCUUCCCUCUCGCUAAACCCUGUUGCCUCUUCUGCUUCCGACACCUGCCAGCAGCCUGCUCCCUCUUCUCCCUCUGACCACCCCUGGUCGCCCAGCCACCAGUCCUCUGGCCCUGAGCCUCCUUGCCCUGGGGCUUCCCCGGCUGCUGCCUCCCCCUCUACUCUGCCUCCAGCCGGUCCAUGACCCCUGGCCGUCUGCGCUGUCCCCCCUGCACCCCUUUCCACCUGGAGCUUGCCUUGCCCUCUGCAAACUGUCACUGUUUCCUCUUGCCAGAGACGGGAUCCCGCCGUACCGACUCCGGAAGCAGCAUCGCCGAGAGAUGCAGGAAAGUGCCAAAGCAAAUGGACGUGUGCCACUACCUCACAUUCCCGUGAGUCACGCCAAGCCUCCUCCUGUCUUCCAGAGGGAGAGCAUCCGCUCUGCUUAUGGGAUGAGGCCCAGCAGGACCAGCCCCUGGGAAAGGCCUUUCUCCCUCUGCAGCUGCCAGUCAGAGUCGGGAGGGCCGGUGGGCAAGUGAGGGUGGGCUGUGGCCGGGGCCUUGUGCGCUGCGUGGCUGGGGUGUGGCCGGCCCCUUUGCCAACCAGGGCUGCGUGUCGUUCCCACAGCGUACUUACCGAAUGCCAAAGGAUAUCCACGUUGAACCACAGAAAUUUGCUGCCGAGCUGAUCAACCGCCUGGAGGAAGUCCUCAGGGACCGGGAGGCGGAGGCCAAGCUGGAGGAGCGCCUGAAGCGUGUCCGAGCGGUCAGUAGGGGCGGCGGGGGCAGCUGGGGCUUGCGUGGAGAUCCCUGCCCCGGCCUCGCCUGGAUGUGUCCCAAGCAGUAUCAGAUGGUGUCUGUGCACCUCUGUUCUGCUCUCCUCAUUACUCUGUGCGUUCUCAGAGACCAGGGGGAGCGGGGCUUGUCACAGACGGAGAGGGAGACUCCCUGGAGUCUUCUGCAGUCCCUUGACCACCCCCCUCCUCUGCUUCAGCCUCUGAGUCUGAACUGCUCCCUGUCACCUGCUCCCUAAACCCUGUUGCCCCUUCAGCAUCCAACACCUCCCAAUAUUCUCCCUCUGACGUUUCCCUUGUGUCCCACCACCCUGGCUCUGAGCCGUCCUCCUCUGGGGGUUCCCUUGGGGGUUCCCCGGCUGGCGCCUCCCACCUCUCCGCUUCGUCCAGCUAGCCCCUGACAUCUUGCCCCCACUCCAGCCCUCUCACUUGUUCUCCCCUGCCGGUGUUCCCUAAGAUCUGUCUUCCCCCACCCUCCCUUGACCCGCCUUGUGUUUCCCAGCAGGAGGAGGAAGGCGAGGAAGCCGACGUCUCCUUGGGGGCCCCCCUGGCGGGCCACAAGCUCCCCCUGCCGCAGGCCUUGCCCCACUUUGCCCCCCGCUUUGCCGAGAUGCAGCUCCGGGACGCCCACGAGGAGAACCCCGAGAGCAUCCUGGACGAGCACGUGCAGCGGGUCAUGAAGACGCCGGGCUGCCAGUCGCCGGGCCCCGGGCGCCACUCGCCCAAGCCCCGCUCCCCCGAGGGCGGCCUGGCCGGCAAGUUGCACGGCUUCCUGGGGACGGUGCCCCUCGGGCACGGCAAGCACGGCGCCAAGGCGGCCCUCAAGGCGGACGCGGCCGGCCUCCACCACCACAAGCACGUCUACCACCACCACCUGGUCCACCACCACGGGGCGCUCAAGCCCAAGGAGCCGCCUGAGGCGGAGGCCGGCCAGGGCGCGCCAGGACCCUUCGCCUGGAACGUGGACGCGCACAGCUACGCUGCCAAGUCGCGGGCCUAUGGGGAGAGCCUGGGCCCGCCGGAGCCCUCGGCUUAUGGGUGAGUGGCGGCGGAGGGGGCCCAUUGGGACGGGCGUUGGCCCCUGUGAGCCGCAGGUGGGCAGGGGCAGCCAGUCAGAAAUGCUAAGGGGGGGGGGACGAUGACUCCAUGGAGCUUCCUUCCCGGCGAGGAGGAUUUCUGGUGCAAGCCAGUGGCAGGAUGGAGGGCUGGCGCUGGAAGAGGUCCAGUGUCCAUGGGGCAGUGAGGGAGGGCGUACCAGCACAGAGCGAGAGCUCCUUCUGCUGACUAGCGUAGGGUUGGGGUCCCGAUCCCCUGGGUUUCUCCUGCCUGCAGUGCAGCAGAUCACCCACCCCUCCAUCCCACUCUUGGGAGCAACUCAUGACUGAGGCGGUUGCUUGCUUCCUCCUUCCUCGCAGCGGGAAAGCCGGCCUGCUCUCUAAGAGGAGCGUCAAGAAAGCCGAUUUGGGGAAGAGCGACGGCGGCGGCUAUGACGCUCCAGGCUCCUCGGAGGACGUGGAGAAGAACCAGAAGAUCAUGCAGUGGAUCAUCGAAGGCGAGAAGGAGAUCAGCAGGCACAAGAAGACAGGCCACGGGUAAGAGGGGCAGGGGGAGCGGGCGGCCACGGGUGCGAAAGCUCCACUGCCGGAAAGCAAGGCUGCCUGGCUGCAGGGGGGAGCCCAAGGGGGCUUGCUUCCGUCAGCAUCAGCGUCGGCCUGAUCCUCUCAUUGCUCCCAGUGGCAGCCUUGGGAGCAACUGCCGGGGGGCAUCCCUCAUGCCGCAAGCCAGAGCACCCCUCCCUUCACAGGCCUCCUUUCUGGCCAGCAGAAGGUCCCUGGCUCCAUCCUUGCUGGCGUCUCCAGGUGGGGCUGGCAGAGACUGCCUGACUCCCAGAGAGCCUGACUUCGUGUGAGGCAGCUCCUCAUCUUCCUUCCUUGCAGAUCAGCUGGCGCUGCUUCUUUUCCUGGCGCUUCCCCUUAGCCCCUCACAGCUUCUCUCGCUGCAUGAAUUGAUUUUAGAAUGAAUUGAUUUCAGAACGUAUUUCAAUUAGUUGAUUAUGAUUUUAUGUAAACUGUGUUAUUUUUACUGUUGUUAGCCACUCUGAGCCCGGCUUUGGCUGGGGUGGGCGGGAUAGAAACAAAAUUUUAUUAUUAUUGUUAUAUAUUAUGUUUGGCUGCCCCCUCUCCCCCCCCAGGCCUUCAGAAGAAAAUCCCCCCCCUUAACUUUCCAGUUCCUCAAGGGAAGGGGCAGGAGGCAGAGGGCCCCUUAUCUGUUGCUCUGCACUGAUCUGUUGGGGGCCCCGGUUCUUGUGGGGGGCACAUAGGAGAGGGAGAGAACUGGCCAGAUCUUUGAUUUUGGUUUUUUCCCCCAAUUCCACAAGGAGGGGGACAUUGGGCUCUCUAAUUCCAGUGGCAGUCUGCGUGAUGCUAAAAUUCAGGGGGGGGGGCGCCUCUUUCACUCCCUUCUACAGCACUAGUUGUACUAUCCCAAAACCUCUUCUGCUUUCUCUCCCCCCGCACAGCUCUUCUGGGGCCAAGAAGCAGCUGCCCCAUGAGUUGCCCCGGCCAGUCUCCGUGGAGCGCCCCAUGGCCGUCCACCCGUGGGUCAACGCCCAGCUGCGCAACGUCGUCCAGCCUUCGCACCCCUUCAUCCAGGACCCCACCAUGCCCCCCAACCCGGCCCCCAACCCGCUGACGCAGCUGGAGGAAGCCCGGCGGCGCCUGGAGGAGGAGGAGAAGAGGACAGGGAAGCCGCCGGCCAAGCAGCGGUACAGCCGGGGGGGGGGGCGCUCUUGGGGGAGGGGGUGUGGCCUUGUCCUGGCCACAGGGUUCACCAGGAGUGGGUGGGUGGUUGUCUCCCCCCAGGCCCCCUGGCCCUGCACCUGGCGCACUGCUGGGUUUGGCUCCCCGGCAGGCAGGCAGAAGGGCCUUGAACAGCUGGAGAUGAGGGCCAAAAGAGACUCCCCACCCUCAAGGGCCUGUAUCAAAACCUGGGGGGCGGCGGUGUGCCUUGCAGGGGGUCUGCUGCCCUCCAGGGGCUGGUCUGGCCCCUCCACUCCUGGGAGACACUGCAGUCCAGAGCUGCUUUCUGCUGGCUGGUGGGUGUUCUGCACAGCCCCCCCUUUGCACUUUUACCUGCUAAGCAGAGCAGCACGCGGGGGGCGGGGGGAGAGUAGAGAAAGUGCCUCCUUCUCCUCUGGGCCUUUGGGGUCGUGGCUGGUGGGGGUAUCUCAGCUGCAACGGGCAGAGUAGCUCCCUUUGCUUCUUGCCUCUUGGCGCUCAUUUCUUCUUCGACUGGAGGAACAGACACAGAUGCUUGGGGGGGAGGCUGCGGUGUGAGACUUGCCGGCUCUGUGAGGAAACCCCCCCCCCAAAAGACACGGGCGACUGCGAGGGAAUCGAGGGGGCUUGUUCGCUCCAGAGGGGUGGGGUGCGUGUGUGCAUUUUGGGCCCAGGUGACUAGCUCUCAACCCCCUUUGUCAUGGGGGGGGGGGAAGACGCCUCAGCUGCUGGUGGCUUUUGGGGUGUGGCGCCCCCUUCAUAAGGAGAGCCCCGCUGGAUCUGGCCCGUGGCCCCUCUAAUCCGGCAUCCUGUUCUCUGAGGAGGCCCCCAAAGGGAACCUGGAUGUGGGGCCUGAUCCCAGGAAGACUCUCAGCUGCUGACGAUCAGAAGCAUCGCUGCCUCAGAGCCUAGCCGGGGGGGGGGGGGCUGUUGGCCAUUGAGAGCCGCCUCCUCCGCAAAGUUGUCGGAUCCCUUUUUAAACCCACCCAUCCUCCUGCCCCAAACGGCCACAAGGUUGGCUCCUGUUGCGUUUCUGGGCCCCGAGCAGAGCUGUGCUUUGGGCCCUGGCCUGGGUCUCUUGCCAGCGCCUCUCCCGGGGCCCCUCCCUCCUUCCCCCCGUGGCAGAGCUCCCUGGGCAGGCCCCCGGGAGAGGGGCAGAGAGAGGAGGCCCCAGUCCCCCGGCCUUUGGGGCCUGCACCCCACGGGGCUCCCCGGCCGGCCGGCGGCAGGAAGGCUUGUCUAAUGUCUGAGAUUGUUCCCCAGGUAUGCCCAAGAGGUGAUCCAGCGAGGUCGCUCCUCUGUCAGGCCGGCUUGCAUGCCGCUGCUGAGUGUGGUGCCCGCCGUCUCCGACCUGGAUCUCUCCGAGUCUGAGUAGGUGCCCCAGCUCUUCCUGUCUCCUCCCUCCCACCCACCCGUCCCGUAGCCUCUCUAGAACCCUCCCCACCUCCCACCCUGGGGGCUUCGCUCUGCCGCCUUGCCAGGACCGGCCUCAGCCACAGGGCGGCUGGACCAGGGACCCCUAAUAAUAGUAGGAGGAGGAGGAGGAGUAAUGGUAAUAAUAAAUUUUAUUUAUACCCUGCCCUCCCCGGCCAGAGCCCAGGGCGGCUAACACCAAUAAAAUCACAGUAAAAACAUAAUACGGGGGAAAGAGAGGUGGGGGAACCAAUUUAAAAUACAGGUAAAAAUGCAAUUUAAAAUGCAGCCUCAUUUUAAAAGUAGCCGAUAAAUCAAGACCAUAAGGAGAGGGAAACAUAAGGGUCAGACUGAGUCCAAACCAAAGGCCAGGCGGAACAGCUCUGUCUUGCAGGCCCUGCAGAGAGAUGUCAAGUCCCGCAGGGCCCUGGUCUCUUGGGACAGAGCAUUCCACCAAGUUGGGGCCAGUACUGAAAGGGCCCUGCCCCUAGUUGAGACCAGUCUAACCACCUUGAGGCUCGGGACCUCCAAAGUGUUGUCAUUUGUGGACCUUAAGGUCCUCCGCAGGGCAUACCAGGAGAGGUGGUCCUGUAUGGCACAGCAGGGAGGCUGCGGGGACCCCUCUGGAGCCCCCUUGCCCCCAAUGUGCCCGUUCACUCGCUGCUGGGAAGCCUCUGAUCUGGCAGGCAGCCGCCACUAGGCAGGUGGAGAGCCUCCCUCCCUCCUUCCCUGCUGAGGGAGUCCUCUAGUUCCCUGGCCUCAGCCUCCCGCCUGCCCCCGGUGCCCAGAGCAGCUCAGGGUUAGCAGUAGGUAGUCUCGGGCAGCUUUAAAAUGGGAUUAGACAACUUGGAGGAGGAGGAGGGUUCGUGGCUUCUAGGGCUGAUGCCCCCUGGUGCCAGCGGAAGGCCGCCUGCUUCUCGUUGGGGGCAGCAGCAGGAGAGGACUGCUGGCCUCCAGCUGCUCUUGGCCAGGGGGAGAGGGUGCUGGGCCAGGGGGGCCUUUGUGGCAGCAGAGCUCCUCCGACGUUCUUCUCAGCUAUUGUUUCCGUGGGGCCUGUUGGGCUGGUUCUGUGGCUUGCCUUUUAGGGUUGGAGAGCUGAAAAGAAUGCCAAUAUUUUUUACAUCUGGCAACCAACAUGCCCCUUUGGUUUCAGGUGGUACAUGAAUAGAACAUGAGUCUAAAAAACCCAGGACACACAUUUUCACAGAGCAUCCAGAGGAAUGUAUUUAGUGUUAACUCUGGAAGUGCAGCCUCGAUUAAUUAAGCCUCCUGGUGUAUACAGUCAUACCUUGGAUCCCAAACGCCCUGGAACUCGGAUGUUUUGGCUCCCAAAUGCCGCAAACCUGGAAUUGAGUGUUCCGGUUUGCAAACUUUCUUUUGGAACCCGAACGUCCGAUGGGCCUUCAGGAGCUUCCUGCAGCCAAUCAGAAGCCACAAUUCGGUUUUCGAACGUUUUGGAUGUUGAACGGACUUCCAGAAUGGAUUCUGUUUGACUUCCAAGGUGCGACUGUAUUAUGAUCUCGGCCUAGGAGGCUUCUUUGGGUCAGAAUCAAGUUGCCAUAUUUCAAAAAGUAAAAACCAGGAUGCCCUAAAAGUUGUUGAGCUUUCAAAAACGCCAAAAAAAGCGUUGCGUUUCAGAAAUUUCUCCCAGGUGUCAAUUCCGCCUUUGAAAUCCCAGUUAUGUCUGGGAAAAUCCGGAAGUAUGUCAGCCCUAAAUACAUUACUUCUGGUAAGUGAGCCAUCAUACCCACUAGAGGGCCAUGAAUAUUUGUGUUCUGGGCUUUUUAAUCUCAUCUACCCCUAAGGGAUGCGGGUGGCGCUGUGGGUUAAACCACAGACCCUAGGACUUGCCGAUCAGAAGGUCGGCGGUUCGAAUCCCAACAACGGAGUGAGCUCCCAUUGCUCGGUCCCUGCUCCUGCCAACCUAGCAGUUCAAAAGCAUGUUAAAGUGCAAGUAGAUAAAUAGGUACUGCUUUGGCAGGAAGGUAAACGGUGUUUCUGUGCACUGCUCUGGUUCACCAGAAAUGGCUUAGUCAUGCUGGCCACAUGACCUGGAAGCUGUACGGUGGCUCCCUUGGCCAAUAAAGCGAGAUGAACGCCGCAACCCCAGAGUCGUCUGCGACUGGACCUAAUCGUCAGCGAUCCCUUUACUUUUACCUUUACCCCUGCACUAUCUGAAACCAAAGGGGCCCUUGUUUGCCAGAUGUGACUUUUAUUCCAGCUCUCCUGCCUCACUAGAAGGUUUUGUGUCUGGUCUGAGCACCCAGCUGGCGUGCAGAGAGCCAGGAUGGGCUGGCGAGUGGAGGGGUGCAGCCGGGUACCAACGGCCCCUCAUUCCUUGCGCCGGAGCAGUGGGCUGGGACGGCUUCUUGCUUUGAGCCCCUCCUGCCCCCUUUCCUACAGAAGGGAGCUAAAUUGUGCAGGAGCUGAGCUGUGUGCUGGUCCAGGGUUCUUGGCGAAGCUCCUUGAAGGAGGUUCCUUGGCAAGCGAGGGCUUUUCCCUUAGCAGGGACAUCUUGGGACUGAGUCGUUCCCAGAGAAAGAGGUGGCGCCCCUUUGUCUGAACAAAUCCUUCGGUCUUUGAGGCAACCAACAUCCCCCCCUCUUUUGGAAAGGUCUUUUGCUCAGCUCCCUGCCUAGUAAGCGUUGGGGGUGUCUGUCCCCCUCUUCCCCAGGUAGCAAUGCUGGGAUGGCUGCAGCACCCACCCACCCCGGCCUGGGCACCCCCCCCUCUGAGCUGUGGCUUUUUCCUCUCUCUGUGUUCCUGCCCUUUGGCUAUGGGAAGUUCCAGUCACCUGCCGCCCUUCUCCUUUGGGCUUCUGGGACUGGAGAGGAAGCUGUUCUCCCCCAGAGCUUCCUGGGUCCCGGUAGGGGGUGCCUGUGCCGUUCUUGCGCCCGGUUUGCAAGGGAGCCGGUUCCCUCCCUCCUCCAAGGAAGUUCAGCAGGUGGUGUAUCGGCUUCCCGCCGUGUAAAGGGCUUGCGCUGUGUUUGCCUUGCAGGGCGAAGGUGCAGAAGAGGCCGGGGGCCAGCUCCGCUCAGCCCUGCGAGAACAUUGUGGUGGCCUACUACUUCUGCGGAGAACCCAUCCCCUACCGCACGCUGGUCAAAGGCCGUGUCGUCACCCUGGGCCACUUCAAGGAGCUGCUCACCAAGAAAGGGAACUACAGGUGAGCAGGGAGGGAUGCCUCGGGUCCCUGGGCAAGAAGCCUUGCCUCCGGUGCUUCCCUUCUUUGGCUUGUGGCCUCCAGCCUCUGCCCCUGGGGAUGACAAGUCCCACACAUGUGUGGGCCCCAACUCUGACGGUUGGCACAGAACCAGGAAAGAGGCAGGGGGAGGGUGGCCGGGAGAUGGAUCGCAGUGCAAAUCUCACCUCCGCAAAACCAAGCCAAGAGGUAUUUGGAGAAGGAAACUCAAGUCAAAACCCGAUUUUGUUUGCAUCAGAGCUGAGGAAGCCUGUGCCAAGGGAAACCCAAACACACUAAAUGGCACGUCAUGUUCAGAGUUGCACGCUUUCUUCUGAACCGACAAUUUCCAUUUUUUUGCAGAACCUCUCCUUUAGUUUCUUGGCAGAGAGCAGAAUGGGCCCAUUUUAGAGGUGGGGGUGGCAGGAGUUGGGGGCACCUGAGCUGUGAGGAGAACCCUCUGUCAGCGCAGCCAUGCACCACAUGACCCUUCUUCAAAUUCUGAUGAGGACUAGAGACUUGCUUUAAAGCAGGGGGAGCUGUGGGGACCCUCCGGGUGUCGCCAGACUUCAGCUCCCAGCAGCAUGGCUAGCGGUCAGGAAUGAUGGGAGCCGCAGUCCUGGAGUGACACAGAUUUCCCCACCCAAAUUUAAAAAGUGUGCUGGCUUGCCGGUCAUUCUGCCUCAGGAUCCGCAGAGGGUUUGGCUCAUCAGCCUGCUCCGCGGAAGCCCUGCAAAAGUUUGCGCAUUUCCUCUGUCCUCUUCACUUGUGCUAAAACGCUGCCGGUGGUUUCCAGUGAAUCUAUGUAGAGUUGGGGCUCGGAGGACAGGGCCCAGCUGCGGGGAAGGGGGGAUUUUGGCCCGGGGUCCUCCUUGCCGCCCCCUUUGCCUUCUGCCUUGGGCUCGUGCUGGAAAGGCCCCCGAGCACCCCGCUGAGCCUCUGAGGGUUGCAGGCUCUGGAUCCCCCACACUCUCUGUCCCCCAUCUUGCAGGUAUUACUUCAAGAAAGUAAGCGACGAGUUCGACUGCGGCGUGGUGUUUGAAGAGGUGCGGGAGGAUGAGGCCGUCCUGCCCAUUUUUGAGGAGAAGAUCAUUGGGAAGGUGGAGAAGAUUGACUAGCCCAGAGGAGGCCGAGCGAGACGGAAGCAGCCAGAGAUGGGCGGAAGCUCCGGCCAGGGAGGGGGGCGGGGGGGCACCGGCAGCACUGGCAUCCUUCCACACCCGCUGCCCAGAAUGGCUCUGCCUUCCCCCUGUCUGCCUGUGGGGCGGCCACCAGCCCCCUCAACAUAACGCCGAUGCUUUGCGCAUUAGGGGGCUGUUCACCGAAGCCGCCCGUUUUGAUAUCAUCAGGAAUGGGGCAGUCCAGCCACCCCCCCCAAAAAAGUGCACAUGCUUCCUCUGGGACGGGGAGGGCGGCAGCAGCCCCACAGGUGGGGAAGCUCCAAAGGGUGCUUGUUCACCCGUGGAACGAGCUGCCACUUGAUACUUUGCACCUUGCUGCUCUACGGCUGGUGGCUGGCCCCUCCAUCUCAGCCCGCGGCCUUUCCACACCUUGCUGCCCACCUUGCCAGGUCAGAGGGGUUGGGGAGGGGGGAGUCUUGAGGAGAGAGCAGAUUUCAUCGUCUAGAGAAGGGGCAGCCUGGUAUUUGCUGGGAGGUGGGACGGGACCUCUGGGCUGCCCCUUUGAGCCUCCUCCCUGCGCCCCAUAGAUCUGGGUGCAUUCAGUGCCCCCCACCCUGGAUGGUGGCUGCCCCUGCUCUGCCUCCCUGCCGGGGGCAGCCUUCGCCUCCCCACUCCUCCCCAGUUGCCUGCCCCCCCCUGCUGCUCUCCAGGUACCCCUGGGCUGUGGGGGCGCCUGCCCUCGCCAGAGCCGUGCACCUUCUUGCGUACAUCACCGAGUGCCUUCAAACGCCUGUUCUGUUGCCACCCACUGCCCCGGACGGCCUCCUCCCCGGGUCCCGCUUGCCCUCUGUGCCGGCCGGGACCCCGAAGGCCUCGGACCCGUUGCGGGUUUUUCAUUUCCCUUUUUUCCUGAAGGGUUCCCUUGUAAAUAUGUACAUUUUCUAAAGACGGCAUCAGCCACCAGCGGUUGGGCCAGCGGCUGGCAUCUCCCGAACGUUUUUUUCACAUGUUGACUUGUACAAUUUAUCUUUUAAAAGGUACUUGGAUAAUAAUGGAAUAAAAGCCCAUGUUCAGAUGGCAG